CCCGCGCCAGGCCGCGCGGCGCGUGGCGGGCGGGAGCGGUGAGCAGGCCGGGCCGGGCGCAUCCCUGCGGGGACGGUGACAGCGCAGCGGGCGGAGCCGCCGCUGGGCCGCAGGGGGGAAGCGCGCCCGCACACGAGGCGGCGGCGGCGGUGGGGGGCCGGGCCCGGCCCGCGCGCGCGGCGGGGCCGGGGCAGCAGAGGGGCCGGAUCCCAUCAUGGCCUCGGGAGGCGGCGGCGGCGGGCUCGGUGGCGGCGGCAAGAUCCGGACCCGGCGGUACCACCUGGGCGCCUCGAAGCCUCCCUACGCGAGGAGCAAGCAGCAGGGAAUCAUUAGCAGAGUGACAGAAUCAGUGAAAAACAUGGUACCAGGAUGGUUACAGAAGUAUUUCAAUAGAAAUGAAGAUGAAUGUGUAGAUGCAAAUGAAUCUACGAACCAGGAAGAGAAUCCAGUAAACUAUCACCAUGAUUAUGCAAAUGAAGAUAACAUAGUGAUUGAUGGGAGAGUGACGCCUGAAUCAGCAAGAAUUAAUUUAGAAGAACCAUCCACGAGCAGAUCUGCAUUGAACUUCUCAGAUGUGUUAACAAGGCCCUCUCUUCAUCGAAGCCAUUUGAACUGUACCAUAUUGGAUUCCUCAGUACCACAUUGUCAGCCCUCUACAUCUUCUUCACUUGGCAUUGGCAGUCCUGGACUGUCUCUUGUAAAAGAAAUAAAAGAUUCUACCUCUCAGCAUGACGACGAUAACAUCUCAACAACCAGUGGCUUCUCCUCUAGAGCAUCUGAUAAAGAUAUCACAGUUUCAAAAAAUACUUCAGCACCACUACUCUGGUCCACAGAAGCUGAAAGAUCUCAUUCUCUCUCGCAACAUCCUGCAGCUAGCUCUAAAAAACCUGCGUUCAAUUUAUCUGCUUUUGGAUCUCCCUCACCUUCACUUGGAAACACUUCUGUCUUUAAGACAAGCCAGCUUGGGGAUUCUCCGUUUUACCCUGGAAAGACCACUUAUGGUGGCGCAGCUGCAGCAGCAAGGGAGACAAAAGCGCGAAUUGCUCCUUAUCAGCCACCAGUAAGGAGACAAAUGAAAGCGAAACAAGCAAGUGUGCAAUCCUAUGGCGUGACAAGUUCCACAGCGCGGCGUAUCUUGCAGUCACUGGAGAAGAUGUCAAGUCCUUUGGCGGAUGCUAAAAGGAUUCCGUCUUCUGUUUCUAGUCCACUGUCUUCUCCUGUGGACAGGAACUUGCUGAAUAUUACUAGCUUCCAAUCCAAGCGCAAACAGGUCACCUGCUUGGUGCAUGAAGGGGUGGUGGAUAUAGUGUUCUGGACUGUAGGAAGGCUUUUGGUACUGUCCCUCACAGCAUCCUUCUGGACAAGCUGUCCAGCUGUGGAUGAGCAGAUGGAAUCACAGCACCCACCUGUCCAGAAACUCGUGACACCAAAGGCGAUCUCUCUGCCAGGGAGUCGGACCCAGUAUUUUAAACCAUCUCUGACUCCAGCUACUGAUUCCAGCAAAAUUCACCAGAGGGUGGAUAUAAAGCACAAAGGCAUGAGAGAGAAGAGUUCUCCUGCAGAACAGAGAAUAAAACCAUCUGAAAGCAGUGUGACCCACCCCAAAUUCAGUACUCCUGCAUCCAAUGGUCUGUCUGCAGGAGGAGGAGUUGGUGGUGGCGGUGGCAAGAUGAGAAGGGAAAGAGGGGUACACUAUGUAUCAAAACCUGGACAAGAACAAGAGGAAGUGGAGGAACCGGUACUACCAAAAGUACCCCUACCCAUCAGUACUGCAUCGCUGCCUUCCUUCAACUUUACUUUCCUUACCAGUAGUAGUGUCUCAUCAUCACCGAGCACUGUUUCCACAGCAGUGAUGAACAAGGUACAACCAGCAAGUAAUGUUGGCAGUCCUGUGUUCAGAUUUUCAUCUCCAAUUGUGAAAUCUACUGAGGCAGAAGUGCUACCUCCAUUGUCUCAGAUGGGGUUUACAUUUAGUGUUCCUGUUGUAAAAUCAGCAGAGCUUUCUGGAUCCAGUGAUACACCAGUGACGUCCUUCCUUACUCUAGAUACUGCCACUGUAAACAGCAUCAGCAAUAAGAAGGAAAAAGAAGAAGAAUACGAUGGCCCCUCCAAACCUGUGAAGGUCUUAAAGGAAGGAAGUGUGUUAGACAUUCUAAAAAGCCCUGGUUUUACAUCUGUGAAAACACACUCUCCAACAUCUGCACAGCCUGUUACAAGCACAGUGGUCUAUACAAGGCCUGCAAUAAGUAGUUUUUCUGCAGUUAAAGACACCUCUAAACAAGUAUCCUCAUUUUGGCAGUCUGACCUACAUGACCCAUGUCUGCAGAACAAAACUACAGAUGGCAAAUGUGUAACAUGCGAAGCUGCUAAAGUGUCCACAGUUGAGAGUACGAAACAGACAAUAAGCUCAAGUCCAUGUGUCGCCUCUAAGGCAGCCGUCCCUACAGCAGGGACACUGGGCUUUGAAGACAAAUUUAAAACAGCACCCAACACAUGGGAUUGUGAUACCUGUCUGGUCCAGAACAAACCUGAAGCUACGAAAUGUAUAGCAUGUGAGACACCAAAGCCUGGAACGGGAGUAAUGCCUGCUCUGACAUUGCCAGUGGUCACAGACAACUCGGUGACAGUGACAUCGUCUUCCACCAGCACUGACACAGCAGUCACUUUGGGGUUUGGAGACAAAUUUAACAAGCCAAAAGGGUCUUGGGACUGUGCGGUGUGCCUUGUAUCAAAUAAGGCAGAAGACAGCAAAUGUGUAGCUUGUCAGUCCGAGAAACCAGGGAGUUCAGUGCCUGUCACCAGUAGCAGUGUUUCUACGUUUUCUGCUUCUUCUGGAGGAUUUCUGGAUUUAGACAAAUUCAAAAAGCCCGAAGGAAGCUGGGACUGUGAGGUCUGCUUGGUCCAAAACAAAGCGGAAGCCACAAAAUGUAUAGCCUGUGAAUGUGCAAAGCCAGGCACCAAAGCAGAGGUCAAAGGCUUUGGUACUGCUCCUGUGUCCACAAAUGCUGCAAUGCCAUCAUUUACCUUUGGUGUCCAGUCGUCCUCCUCUGAAUCUGCUCAUACGUUGGGUAGCACAGGAAACUUUAAAUUUGGAGAACAGGGGAGCUUCAAGUUUGGCAUUGCGUCCGAAUCUGCAUCCUCCAACACUGUGACUGGGGGAUUUAAGUUUCCUGCUAGUUCAGGGGACUUCAAAUUUGGACUUUCUUCCUCAGACUCUAAAUCAGAUGACAGUAAAAAAGAAAAUAAAACUAACAGUUUUACCUUUGGACUUCCAUCUACAAGCAGUCAGGCUCCUUCAACAUUUCAGUUUGGGACAGCGAGCCUGGGACAGCAGGAGAAGAAAGAGGAACCAGUUUUGGGAGGCUUUGGUUUUGGCACAAGUUCGACUUCUUCCAUAGCUACCAAUGAGAAUAAGACUGGAGUCAGUGGCUUCACUUUUGGAACUGUGGCAGAAAAGGAGGGAGCAUCACCUGCGUUUCCAUUUAAGAAAUCAGAUGAGAAAAAGGAUGACACCCUUUCAACAAAGGGAGGCUUCUCUUUCGGCAGUGUGGAGUCUGCACCUGCCUCACAGUUUGUUUUGGGAAGGACAGAAGAGAAACAGGACUCUGUCACUUCUGCUGCUUCACUAGCAUUUGGAAAGAAAGCUGACAAUGAAGAGUUAAAGGCACAACCUAUCUUUUCAGCUGGGACCGCUGAGCAUACCAAAGAGGAGAGCACAGCAAAACCUAUGUUCAAUUUCAGUUUUGUUAAACCAUCAGAGAAGGAAAGUGAGCAGGCAAAGCCAUCUUUCGCGUUUGGGGCACAAACCAGUACUUCAGAUCAAGGAGCAGCAAAGCCAUCCUUCAGCUUCUUGAGCUCUAGUUCCUCCAGCACAGUCGUACCCACCACUUCAGCCAACAGCAGCAGUAUGUUUGGCAGCACGCUCUCUUCCUCAAAUCCUCUGCCGGUUCCCGCUCCCUUCGUGUUUGGACAACCCAGUAACACUGUGAGCAGCUCUGUUUUUGGCAGUUCCGCAGAAUCUGCAGCGUCUCAGUCAUUUGGCUUCUCUCAAGAAAACAAACCAGCAACCACAUCUUCUAGCACUGGCACGGCUCAUGCUUCAUUUCUCUUUGGUCCGGGAGCCAGCAGUACCAAUGCAGCGAAUUCAGGCUUUACCUUUGGAGCCACAACCACAUCGAGUUCCACAGGGGCGUCCUCUUCGUUUGUGUUUGGCUCUGGGCCUCCAGCGCCUGCUGCUGGCCCAGCAUUUGGUGCCACUCAGCCACCGGCGUUUGGCCAGAGCCAGGGGUCCAGCCAGCCCAGCGCCCCAAGUUUUGGAUCGCUGUCGACAACGUUGUUUUCAGCUAGUGCUCAGCCUGCUCCUCCUGCCUUCGGCGCGGUGACGAGCAGCACCCAGCCCUCAGUGUUCGGGCAGCAAGCGACCCCGCAGCCGGGUUUUGGCUCUGCUACCCCCAGUACCGGUUCUGUAUUCCAGUUUGGAAGCAAUACUUCUAAUUUCAACUUUCCAAGUAACCCAAGAAUAUUUACUUUUGGUGCAAAUUCUCCUGCGCUGGCAGCACCGGCCCAGCCUUCUGGCUCUUCGGGAUUUCCGUUCAGCCAGCCUGCAGCAUUUACAGUGGGGACUAAUGGGAAAAAUGUUUUCUCUGCCUCUGGAUCUUCGGUUUCUGGUCGGAAGAUAAAGACUGCAGUUAGACGUAGAAAAUAAUCGCCCGAUGGGUAAAGCAACUUUGGAAGCAGCUACUACCCCGCAUUGUUCAGUUGUUGGGAUCGUACCUCAUGCUGGGUUAGCUGAAGUCGGAUCUGCCUAAAGAUACAAAAGAACUGCUGCCCUUUCCUUCCCUCCCUCCUCCCCCGUUAGGUUUGGGUUUUUUUUUUUUUUUUUUUUUUUUUUUUGGUAACGAAUAGAGUUGGCAACAGGGCCGUUCUCAAGCAAAAGUAUUUUAGACUCCAGCAAGUUACUUCUUUCACUGACUCGGCAUGGUCUGGCUGUAGCCGUGAGUAGAGCCUGCACAGUGAAUGGCUUGUACAAUACCUCCUCAUCUGCACCACUAUGUGCGCUCAUCUGCGUUUACUGACGCCUCGAAAUUGUAAUUAUAUCAGCGAGGGAUGCUGUAUAGAGUAGAGAAUGUUGAUAACGAAUGAUUUCUAUGCUGAGUUUGUGCCGGUGUAUGUGUGAAGUGAGUGAGUUUGAGUGUAUCGUGCACUAAAAUUUUCUGAUAGAGGAAGACUGAUUAAAGGAUGAUCCAUGCUAAGGACUUGUUAGAUCUGUAGUUCUUCAUUUAAUAAUUAUAUGCUAUUUCUAUAUUUUCAUUCUUACAGCCCUUUAUCACCUGUCUCGCCUUUGUUAUUUUAUUAUGAAAUGUGUAAAUACAAUUUUGUUUCUCUAUGUACUUUUUUGGCAUAACAAAUCUGUGAAAUUGAAAUUUUAAUUUUGUGUGUUACGGCCAUUUUUGUUUAGUAUUGUCUCAGAUUUUAUGUAAAUCCCAUUAUUCAAAGUUGCCUAAAUCCAUUUAGAAAAUCUUUAAAAUUGGGAAUUCUUAAAGUAAGUUUAUUGGCUUUUCUGAUCCAUUUUUGUUUGGACCAAAAACCAGUAUUGUACAAAGUAUUAAGUAUAUAUUUUUAUAUUUACUGAAAUGGACUGUGGUGACUUUGGAUAAUAAGGAAAAGUUUAAUAUUAAAGCCAUGUUUAUUACAGUAUAAUUAACAUGUUAAACCAUGGGAUAAAUGCCAUCAAUAAAAACUAUGAAAUAUU